UCAAUCCACGCGUUCUGUUUAGAGACCUGAAAACCCUAACAGCGAGAACUGAAGACCGAAAGAACCGCUGUCUCUAUCCUCUCUCUCGAGUCUCGAUAUCCAACACCAGCAGCAGGCUGAAGGUGAAAUUCAUAUACACACACUUCACUCUCUCUCUCUCACACACACAUAUAAAGAUGGGAAGAGAGACAGAGGUGGCUCAAAAGCAGCAGUCGACGGCGUCAUACACAGUGGAGCAGCUCGUCGCCGUCAAUCCCUACAACCCUGACAUACUUCCCGAUCUCGAAAACUACGUCAACGAGCAGGUUUCGUCACAAACAUACAGUCUGGAUGCAAAUCUUUGCCUUCUCCGUCUCUAUCAGUUCCAGCCAGAGAUAAUGAGUACCCAAAUUGUUGCCCGCAUUUUGAUUAAGGCUCUUAUGGCAAUGCCUGCCCCGGAUUUCAACCUCUGUCUCUUUUUAAUUCCAGAACGAGUGCAAAUGGAGGAACAGUUCAAGACAUUAAUUGUUCUCUCACACUAUUUGGAGACAGCACGAUUCCGUCAGUUUUGGGAAGAAGCUGCGAAGAGUCGUCACAUAGUAGAAGUUGUGCCAGGUUUUGAGCAAGCAAUACAAGCCUAUGCAAUUCAUAUCCUCUCUCUGACUUACCAGAAGGUUCCGAGGUCUGUUCUUGCGGAGGCUAUCAACAUUGAAGGGCUUUCCCUGGACAAAUUCCUUGAGCACCAUGUAGCUAACAGCGGUUGGAUUCUUGAGAAGAGUCAAGGCAGGGGCCAACUCAUUAUCCUACCUCACAAUGAGUUUAAUGAUCCAGAGUUGAAGAAAAAUACUGCAGAUAGUGUUCCAUUGGAGCAUAUCACCCGUAUCUUCCCCAUUCUUGGCUGACCUAUUUGCAUGGGAACUUGGAGCAUUUUAUUAUCUUUCCUCUGCUUCAGCAGAAGGGAAAUGUUGUUGAGCUGCUACUACUCCCUUAAAUCUGCAUACAUUAAGGUGCCAUUUUUGAGGAUCUCGGUAACUGGUUUUUGUUUUAUGUUCAUGUUAGACACUUGAACCAUGGUACCUCCUAUGGUCGAGAUUAAUUAGUCUUCUUUUAGGAUGGUGUUUCUCAAUUUAUGCUCUUCAUGUUCCUUAUUGAAUGAUAUAAAGUGAUAUUUCUCAGCUUAUUAUUACAGACUAUACAUGAACUUGUUCAGAGUC